AUGCUAGUACAGAUUUGCAUAGGUUAUUACGCCUACCACGCAGGUUAUGCAUACUGGUGUCCAUGCUGUCAAUAUGGCCAAAACGUUGAAAGGAUGGCCCCCGGAGAAGUGUGCUGCGGCGGCAACUGUUGCGGGGCUUGCUGCUGCUACUUCCUUAUGUUGGAGUUGGGGCUCUGCUGCUUCCUCCAUUGCGGGGCACGGAGCUGGAUUCGCAACAAGUACGGCAUCCCGGGCGACGGCUGCCAAGAUUGCUGCAUCGCGCUCUGCUGUUCGACCUGCGCCAUGUGCCAAGAAUAUCGCGAGCUCACCAUCCGCCACGUACAACAUGGUGGCAAGGAGAUGGCCGCAAGCAACCAGCAGCCGUACGCUCAGCCGUACGCACAGCCGCAGCCGUACGCUCAACCGCCACCACAGCCGUAUGCUCAGCCACCACCGCAGCCGUACAUGCAGCCGUACGCGCAGCCACCCCCGCAGGCCUUUGCGCAACCAGCUUAUCCCCCUCAGCCGGUGUAUGUUGCCGCGCAACCGGGUUACCUCGACUCAACAGCGUCCACCAUCACCAUCAUCGCCGUCAUCGCCACCAUCAUCAUCACCAUCACCGCCAAAUUGCUCGGUUGAUUUUGGCGAACUGUAGGGGAGUUCGGCUCACACCUACACCUACAUUUGCGUCCGUGUACCCCGCGCGCGUGACGUGCGC